AUGCCUUCUCCUCCCGCAACGCCCCCCGUCGAGCUCCCUCCAGGUCGCCAGUCUUGGAGAUUCAAAACAACGGGUGCCUGUUGCGAGUGGGUGGAGCUCUAUCGGCCUGGGGGCUUUCACCCAGUCGCUCUCGGAGACUCGUUCUGUGCCGGCAAGUACACGGUAAUCCGGAAGCUCGGAGACGGUUCGUUCUCGACUGUAUGGCUAGCCGUCAGCACGGGGAACUGCCGCCAUAGCACACCGCGGUAUGUCGCUCUUAAAAUCAUGGUUGCCAAAGCCUCCACUACGCAUACGGAGCUCAGUAUUCUCAACCAUCUCUCGAAAGCGGCUCCCGGACACCCCAACGCCCAACACGUCACUGUACUGCUGGACAUCUUUUGGCAUCAGGGCCCUAAUGGCAAGCAUCAGUGCUUGGUGUUCGAGCCUAUGGGCGCAACAGCUGCUUCACUAGUGGAAAAACUGCCAGAGAAUAAACCAGCUAUGUUUGGAAAGCCGCAGAGGUAUCCUAAAUGGAUGGCUAAAAAGAUACUUCUCCAUGCACUGCGCGGCCUUGCCUUCCUGCAUGAAAAUAGCGUAGUACACGGUGACGUCCAACCAGGCAAUCUACUCUUCGCUAUAAACGACAUCAAGUCUGCAAAAGAAGGCAAGCUAAAGCAGGACGAGGCCACCGCGAUACCCGUAUACAGGGUCGAUAGGAAGGACGAUAGAUGGGCGCCGAAGAAUCUCUAUCUCAAACAGCCGCUCUACGAUUACGUGGAUAGCGGUCCAAAGCUUCGCGUGAAGCUGUCGGAUCUAGGGGCAGCUUUCUGGUUAGCUAACCCGCCAAGCAACACGAUGACCCCUAUCAGCCUCCGUGCUCCAGAGCUAAUUCUACACCAGCCGUUUGGUUGCGGCAUCGACAUGUGGAGCUUUGGAUGCCUAGUAUUUGAGAUUCUAACGGGCAGGUCGCUAUUCGCGGUUAUGAUGCUCGGAAAAGACCAGGAAGAGCAAGAUGAUGCGGACGAUGACCAUCUUACCCAGCUUAACGACAUUAUUCAGCCACUGCCCGACCCUAUCAUGACGGCUUGGCCGCGCGCUAGCAAGUGGUAUGGGCCAAACCGCCAGCCCCUAGCGCCCUACAGCGAAGGGGAACCUCCUUACAUACACGAUUCUCUUCAAGUACUGUUUCUAAAAAAUAAGCCGGACGAAAUUAAUGAUAAGGAGUCGGCAGUCCUGUGCUCCCUAAUGAAGCAGAUUUUGCAAUAUGGCCCGGCGAAGCGGCCUUCGGCGGUGGAUCUACUUAAGCAUCCGUGGUUCUCGGAAUAGAAGCGCACUGCCUAUAAGAGCGGAUCUAAAUUACUGACCAUACCGUACAACCCUAUCCCAGCAUCAUCAACCCAGCAGCAUGGAUGUGUGGGGUCAGCCGCAUCCACAGUACUCUAAAUUUCGAGCCGCUGUCGUGCAGUCUCUCUCUACGUUUGAUCAACUAGGACAAUGAGAGGUAUUAACAUUGCGGAUCAUGAGUCUGCCAUUCCGUUCUCACCAACAUAAAGUUCAAAUGGCGACAAGCUAGCUGCUUCGGAGAGUGAGUGCAACCAAGUACCCGUAGAACAUAGUAACCAUCAGCACUUUAUACGGCUAGUAAAUCGUGGUUUGGUCCCUGCGCAAGUUUACGGGACGCAAAGGCGGGACUCAAAAAACCUUUCACCUUGUUUCAACUCGAAAUUCUUACGAGGCCAAGAGAUAUAUGAACCAGGUGUUCCUCGGAUUCUUUUUCAUCCAGCGACCUAAUUGUACACUAUCUUUCGGUUUCG